GCGGCCUGGGACGGCCCUCAAACACCCGACCCAGCUCCGGUCCACACCGCGCCUGAGCUUUUCAAACGGCGCUCACCCCGCGUCUCGUCAUCGUCGCGCCUCAAGACUCAGGAGCGUGUCGUCCCUAGUCUUUCUGGCAGUGAGGACCCCUCCUCUUUCCAGUGCCCCAGGGACUGCGAACAGGGUGGUCUUGACCUUGGUGGAGACUGACCCAGGAACCAGAUGAGCAGAGACUUCUGCGUCCACACCUGGCCAUGCUCCUAUUAUUUGGAACUUGAGAAGCGAUGGGUUCCUGGAAAACUUAGGUUAACUUCACUCUCACUAAAAUUUCUGACUGAUAAAACUGGAGACUUUCUUGUCAGCUUUCCUCUUGCUGAUAUAAUUGAGAUCAAGAAAGAAACUUCUCAUUUUAUCUUCAGUUCUGUCACCAUCCUGGAAAAGGGCCAUGUCAAGCACUGGUUCAGUUCCUUGCAGCCUAAUCGGAAUGUCGUUUUCCAUAUCAUUGAACACUUCUGGAGAGAGUUGCUGCUAUCUCAACCAGGAGGUGCUGUGGAGGCGUCAUCCUCCCGCAUGACCAAGGGGAAAGAGCUGACUGGUCUAAUGGCCUGUUCCCAGAAGCGUCUAGAAGAUGCAGCCAGAGUCCUACACUAUCAGGGUGAGCAGCUGGACAGCAUAACGAGCAGCCUGGACAAUAUGGAGUCUGACCUGGAUGUGGCUGACAGGUUGCUGAAAGAACUGGAAUCUCAUUCUUGGUGGCCCUUUAGCUUCAGGCUUUGGAAGAUGCCAUCAGACACAAACUCCAGGGGAGGCUCCUCAAUGGCUAGUACCAAAGCUCUUGGAAAAGAAGGGAUAGUGAUGAGAAGGCUCACCAUUCUUGUUUCUGGGUUGGAAAUCCAUGACUCAAAUUCUUUGCUGUUACACAGAUUUGAAAGAGAAGAUGUAGAUGACAUUAAGGUUCACACACAUUAUGAGGUUAGCAUCCGCCAGCGGUUCAUUGGGAAGCCAGACAUAACUUUUCGUUUGAUAUCUGCCAAGAUGCCAGAAGUCGUCCCCAUUUUGGAAAUGCAAAGCACUGGAACCUAUUCCCCAGCAGAGAAGGGCUCCUUAGGCUGGCAGGCAGGUGUGGUGGCUCUGUACAGGAUGCGUUUUUCACUCGCACAGUUAGAGAUGGGCUGGGGUAGGGCUGGGGUCUUGCCUUCGGCAGACUUACUCCUCUGUUGCCUGAGCUUACUCCUUUGGCCUGGGCCCUUUUCUUCCUGGGAUCCUGAGAACCUGCUUCCUGUCUCAUCACAACCUGCUUUUAUCCUGAGGCAGGAUAGGAGUCCGCUGACCACAGGCCGAGCAUUAUCUUCCUCCUCCAGGCACUCUUCAGGGAGUGUUAUUUUGUCCAGGCCAGUGGACUGCGCCAGGCACCGAGAGGCCUCCUCGGGGAACCAGGAGGGCAGGCUGCUUCAACUACAGAUGAGCGAGCCACUCAUUUCUGAGGAGGACUCCCAGGAACUCAGACAGAUCCUUGGGAAGCUGAAAGGUCUUGCCUUGGAUGCUGAGGCGGAGCUGGAGAGACAGGAUGAGGCAUUGGAUGGCAUCGCCACUGCUGUGGACCGGGCAACCUUAACCAUUGACAAGCACAAUCGACGAAUGAAAAAACUGACCUAGAAGGACAAGGGAGGGUAGAGGUGAGAGCUUUUGAUGAGAAUCACAUCUCAGUAUGUUGUCCUCAACCCCUGCAUGCUGCCUUCAGAUGACCACAGGAGGUCAUUCUCAGGGUCAGAGAAAAACUUGCGAUCCUGCCUCAGAGCAUACCUGCCUCAGGACAAAGGCUGCUGUGAAGGACCUGGGCAGCCACAGAGGGGUCCUCUGCAGGGCCCUGAAGGUGCAGCUGCAGGAGAGGAGUUCUGCCUGUGAACACAGCAAACGGUAUCCCGCCAAGGCCCUCUCGAGCUGCUGGUGCCGUCAGGAGCACCCAUGCACUCAAGCACGUGGCUGAGCCCUGGUGAGCCCUGCACAGCUGCGUGGUGGCUCUUCAUUCAGAGGCCGGUCUGCACCCAGCACUGAGGGACCACUUUGCAUAGCCUUAUCCCAGGUCUCCAGCAUCACCAGUAGCUGCAUUAUCGUCCUUUUUCUCCACUCUUGUUGGGCGUAAAAGGAAGGUUUAAGCCUCUGUGAAUAAAAUCUGCUUUUUUUUAACUGUGGGUCUAAGCACUGCAGGUGUACCUUGUAUCGGCACAAUCCCUUCUCCCUUCUCCCUUCUCCAGGACCAUAUGCCUGAGCCUGCUCCCCUCUGUGGAAAGCUAAGCAACCCACCGCCCUCACUUGUUCCAUCUCUCUGGUGGGAAGCCAGUUUCUUUUUGGUUGUAUUGUCAUUUUCUAACUAAAGCUAAGAGGUCAUCAUAUACUAGUAAACACCUGAAAUACUAUUUCAUUGCUCAGUUUUUAGCCAAAGGUGAAAAUAGUAUAUAUUGCACCUGUUUAAAAGGUUUUGAUUUUUGCUUUUACUGCCCCAUUUCUGUCCAGAAACAAAAGAGAAAUGGUAGUGUUAGGAUUUUUUGUGAAGAUACACAUUGAUGCUGCUUUUUGCUUGGUGUGGUGUCCAUGAGAGGGCCCCCUGGGGGGUGGGGGGGAAGUGGAGGAGCGUGCAUCUCCCAGACCGCUUCGAAAAAGCAUCCUGGGAGGCUGUACACAGAGAGGCUCCUUGGAUCUUGAGGAGUGUCUACAGUUCCUGGAACGGCGCCUUCAGGCCCUGUGCUGCUGUGUUUGGAGUCCUAGGUGGGUUCAGGGAACUGCCCUGGGCAGUGCUAGAUUUCUGAGCUGACCUUAGGAAUUCCACACAGAGUAUACGACAACAGGAGUGUGCUCUCCAGGUUUGGAGGCCAGAAGUCCAAGGUCAGGGUGUCGCAGGGCUACGCUUCCUCCUGAGGCACUUAGAAGCUUCCAGUAGCAGAAAAUGCAUCUGAGUUGAUUACUCGAGCCCAAAACACAGAAACCUAUCUGUUUAAACCCACUAACAAUAGCCAGGCUGAGGCAAAAGCGCCAAAAACCUUGACACUAAGAACUCCCACAGCCCCUGCUCCCCCCCCAGGUGCUCAAUUCUUCCUCCCACUGCUUCCCACCCUAGGUGCACUAACUCCACCUUUCCUGGCCCCUCCCCACUAGGAGCACAAAUACCAAUUCCUUAGACUAGCACAUCCAGGGCGAUCCAACUUCACCCUCCAUGGUUCCCACUGCCAAUUCUCUGUCUUCAUCUUCACUGUCCCCCUCACCUGGUGCACUGUCUUCACCUUACACUUUCACCCUAGGGAGAAACAUGAGGGGAGUGGACCUUAUGAUGCUCAGAUGCUAGACCGGAGAAAGGAGUUCAGCAUGCAGGCUAGUGAUCUCUUGCAUCCAGAUAGCACGUGCCCUGUUGGCUCCCACCAAGUGGAUCAGGUUAUUAGACCCUCUAGAGCCAUUGUCAUCAUCAUCAUUAGUUGGCAUAGAGCAUGUUGUCUCCGGUCCUGCUUUCCCUCUCCUGAGUUGGAGCUUACCUUCUGACACUGAUGUUGGGCCUGUGUGUGGGGCCAUGCAUGCAUCCAUGCAUGGGGCUCUCCACAUGCAUCAUUCCUGCACCAAAAUCUGUCUGCCCUUUACCCUGUCAGUAUUUUUGUCAGUUUGUUAUCACCCUGUAAGAUGUUCGCAGUUCCUAAAACUUAAUGUGAGCUUAGUUACUCUCUAUAUCAAGAUAGACACAAUGUAAAUCCUUCAAAUGCAGCUAAAUGAAACAGCUCUAACAUUUCAUCAGAAAAGGCUGAUUCUGCCCUACUGGUGUGGCUCAGUAAUUCAGCAUCAACCCAUGAACCAAGAGGUCACAGUUUGAUUUCUGGUCAGGGAACAUGCCUGGAUUGUGGGCUCAGGGAUGUCCAGGAGGAAGCUAGUCAAUGAUGUUUUUCCUCAUCAAUGUUUCUCUCUAUCCCUCUCCCUUCUUCUCUCUCUAAAAAUCAAUAAAAGAGGGGGCUGAUUGUUUUGUUAGCUUAGGGCAGGGGUCAGCAGACUUUCUGUAAAAGUACAGGGAGUAACUUCAUCUUUUGAGCCAUAUUGGUGUCUGUCACGAAAUCUUAGGUCUGCUGUUUAUGUGAAGAUGGCCUGGACUUGUGAGCAGUGGGUAUGCUGGUUCUAAUAAAACUACCUGUGAAAUUGGAA